AUGGCUCGGCAGGACGUGCUCAUGGAGCCCCAGUCGCCCGGCUCGCCGGCCUCUCCGGACAAGCCGUCGGCACCGGAGCUGCCGGAGCCUUAUUCCGAAAUGCGGUCGUUGGACGAGGAUGCCGCGGUAAAGCCCGACCGGCGGACAUCGUCGUCGUCGUCUUCGUCGUCCAGGGCGUCCUCGGCCGAGUGCGUUUUCCAUGUCGACGCGUCCGAGAUGCACACCCCGUUGGUUGUGGCAGCGGCAGAGGGCGACGACGACCAUGCCGACGCCGGCACGGCCGCGGAGGCGAAGUUACCCGCUGGCGACUGGGUGUCAUGGCCGGAGCCGUCGUCCGACGGGGGCACGGUGUCUGCGGCGCCGGAGGCCCAGACGAUGGCCAAGCCGGCGGUCGAGGGCUUCAACCCGGACAGGAUCCCGGCGUCCGUCUUCCAGCCCAAGGCGGGGUCGCAGGCGGACUGGAGCAUCACUUCCAACGAGUCGCUCUUCAGCAUCCACGGCGCCAGCCUGAGCACCUCCGACGACUUCUACGCCCCCAGCAGGUCCCACUUCGACUACUUCUACGACGAGGCCAUGGCGGCCGGCGGCGGCGGGUUCCAAGACGGGAAGCUGCCGCCGCUCGCGGAGGUGCCGGGCAGCGCGAUGUCGGACGCGAGCGAGGGGAGCGCCUCGGCCAAGAGAGGGAUCCGGCGGCACGAGAGCGGCUCCAUCGGCAGCUCCAGCAACUUCUCCUUCGCCUUCCCAAUACUGGCCGAGCCGUCGCCGGGGACGAAGGAGAGCAUGGGCGGCUACCAGCAGCUGCAGAAGGAGCAGGAGCAGUCGCCGCCGACGCCCUCGAACCGCAAGUCGCAGUUCGAGGAGAUGACGACGGAGGAGGAGCGGCGGCCGCCCAACACCGGGUGGUGCUGGUGCGGGGAGUGCUGCGGCUGCUGCUGGUUCGCCUGCUCCUGGCCCACCUGCUGCUGCCAAUGGCGGUGGCGGUGCUGUUCUUGCUCAUGCUCCUGGCCAACCUGCUGCCAGUGCAGCUGGUGCCUCUGA